CUUCUGCAGUUAGGUGUCUGCUACUUGUAAUUCUAGCAUCAAAUCUAGGUCAAAUACAAUAUAGAAUAUCCUAUAUUGUAUAUAAGAAAUCAAGUAACAUAUCUUUUUCAUCGUUUCAGGAUUGACAUCCUUCAUAAAUACCUGCAGACAAUACAGAUUGUGUAUCUACGUUUUUAUUUCUGUAAUCUGUUUUAGAUGAAAAAUUCGUGGAAUCAUGACCCACAAAAGGAAAAGUCGUGUAUGCCAGUAAUAAAGAUGUCAGCCUAUGAAGUGCAAGCCUCGGACAGAGAGGCAUGGAUGCGGGUAUAAUAUUUAAGCGAAUAAGAAUAUCCAGUUGAAUGUGGCCAUUUGUUUGCGUCCUUUGCUUGUACAGCAUUUUGCGUUAACGGAUCAAACAGUGCUUUUAUUAUUCUUAACCAAUCUCAUUCGUAAAGUUCUUGUCGAUAAUUCCUUUUGAAUAACCGACUGUUCUGCCAUUUUUAGUGUUCGAUAAGGUCUUCUCGGAUAAAGAAAUUGAAAGACGUUUAUUCUCGGAAAAUGAACUAUCGAUAAAUAUCUAUCGAGGUGGAGUUACUCUAUCUAGUUCCUUCAACGUAGAAGAGGAUGACUUUAUUGAUAUUUUGUUAAGAAACUUCUCAGAAAAUGCUAUGUCAUAAAUACUAUGUUUAAAUAGAUUUUAAAAGUUUAUUAGAAGCAAAACUCUUCAUCAACUGCGCAGGAUCAGUACAAGAUCAUCACAGUCCAAUUUCCGACCAAUGAUUUACGACACCCUUCGAACUGUGCAAGCUUGAACAAACAGUUACCAUGUUCGAUACCCGAAGUUUAAUUAUCCCUGAAGAAAGAAGCAGCAGUUAAUCGACUGAUAAUUUAUUCUCCACGAACGAUGAAGAACUUCAUACGUUGCAGCUGGUUCGAUUAAAAAUCAUGGCGCCUAUAAAUUUGAUGGUGGGAUCAGAAACUCCUUUUACAAAGGCAUAACCGAUUCAACGACCUCACUUCGUUAAUAUAAUCCACAAAGGAGCAAAAAGAAGCUGUUGGUAAAGGAAUGUCAACGUCGUGAAUAUGAACGGAGCAGAAUGGCAGAAACUAUAACAACGAGACGAUCCGCAAAUAAAGUGGACCCGAACGAAAUCUGCAAACACGAACCAGGCAAAACGGGCCGCUCCAUUAAUAUUCUGCCGCAGGAUCCGGGCAAGGAACAUACGGUUUACCAAGUCUCCCUUUCCCCCCGUUCGAAGCUAUAAAAAUUAAUUAGCUCCUGAAAGGAGAGGUCUAGAAGCUUGUACCUUCAUCGAAACGAGCGGGAGACCGGCGACGUGUAGAAAUAAUCAUGGACCGAACACUUGACUCGGAAUGGAAGUUAGCCUCUUGUCAUGGAUCUCCAAUGGAUGAUAGAUACCGGACCCGAUGCUCCUUACGUUCUUACAAGGUGGUGUAAGAGAUUGGAACUGGAAUUAAUUACUUCUUGUAACGUGGCUAUGACCCGUGAAGAUAUAACGAGCCAUUCGAAAAUAUUUACUAUUUAAAGAGUGAAAUUCCAGCGCGUGAAAUUAUGGCUCGUAGAAUUACAGCCCAUACGAUAACAAAACAAUGCACGAGGAUAAAAUGUUUAUUCUUGCGUUUCUAUAACACAUUGCCAUACACAUCCUAAUCACAGUUUAGUAUGAACGUAAAAGAGACCGGUUAGAAAAUGAAAACGUGUUUCGAAGCGUUAUUAUACAAGGCAAGGAGAAUUCGAUUAUGGCCAGUAUCCACAAAUUGCCUUCUAGUUAGCCGGAGUAUCUUGCGGUCGAACUAUCGCGAGAUAAUUACACUUCAGCCGCAAUAAUAGCAAGUUAGUUAUAGACCAAGGAUCUUGGUAGAGAACUACGAGACGGUUGAUCGAGCACAUUCGCGCGGGGACCGGUCACGUCCUAAUGUCACCGUUUUCUUCUGGAAAAGGCAAACUUUGCUUCAUCGAGUGUUUGACGAACCCAUCGAACGUCAACGGAGCUAAUGUUAAACCUGCUUCCGCUUCUUUCUUAUCGUUUGUUUUUCAAUGGAUCUUUUUCUCCAAGUUAUUUGGAAAGCUGGAACUACGAGAAGGGUGAUCGAUUAACCGGAUUUUUUUUAAACAGAUGCUAGUAAACUUUCAAGAUUCCAAAGGUGUUGAUAAAAGUUAACCCAUUGAACGUUCAGGCGUUCGAGCUGGAGUACUCUUCACCAUCGGAACAAUAAAACCAAUCGUGAGAGAGCGAAACUACUCUAGCAACCGUCCUUCAGAUUGCCGGACGAAGGUGCAGCUCCAUAAUCGUUCAGAAACUUGUAUCGGAGGGUGUCGAGUGCCCAUUAUUAAAUGGCACUUGUUAUAAAACAAAGAUAAAGUUCAGAAUGAUCGGAGGAAGUCCGAGAAAAGGCAGGCAAUAAAAAGAUGAAUGACUACCGCGUCGUAAACACUCGAAGGACCUUAUAACUCAGGUGGGGGCCUCACAAGUGAAACGCAUUAAUAGGACCAAGAGGUGGGAGUCGGGAAAAAAGGGGUACCAGGACGAUUUUGAAGAUUUAUGCUCAUCCAUCGGCAGCUGUUGAGUGGCCUCCUCGAGGAACGAGAUCACCCGGGACGGAAAUUAAUUGGCGGGACGAAGAAGUGGCAGUGAAAAGCCGUCACUGGUUUCCAGCCAUUGUACUCGUCGUGGUUAUGACUCGGUGGUGCCGUAGGACAGGGUCGAGGAAGAAAGAAAGACGAAGAGAGAGGGGUCUAGUCGAGGCGAGAGUCCGUAAGUAAAAAGAUGGAAAGAUACGAUAAGGAAUUUGUAAUAAAACAGCCACGAUGGCAGAGGAAGAAGUAAGGAACGACGAGAUUUCUAGCUAAAGGAUUUUUGCAGUAGAAAAAAUUGAAAAGCUGCGCUAAUUCACUCGGCAAUGCCUCGGCUGCACGUUGGAACGAAAGUUUAUCACGGGACUCUCGCGAGAAACGACCUUUGGCUAGCCGCCAAUCGCGGCACGAUCUUCCGGGGGCUCAUGGCCAAUGACGAGGACCACUCUUGUCGCACGGACUUGCAUAAUUUAUUAUCGAAGAACUUUUCGCCGAUUUCAAACGUCGAAUGCCUGCGCUCCGUUACGAAAAAUUCGCAGCCUGGCCAACGAUUAAACGCUGACCUUGCACGCUCCGUUUGCUUACGUGGAUCGUUAUUCGAUCAUCGAACGAUUCUUCAACGUGUCAUUGCACUUGACGCGUGCACCUGAUUCCAUACGGGAAUUUUCUGAAGGUUGCUGCUGCAGAAGUUACGUCUCUCUUCGAUUAAUUAACCCGAUAUUAAUGUCGUGAAAUGUGGUAAUUAUGGAUCCGGAAUAAGUAUGACACUGCAACACUGAAAACACUUCAGUUAACAUCACGUGUGUCCACGUUAUCGAUUCUAUGGUCGUUGACGAUCUGCAAUGACGGGAAGGGGCGAGUGGCGUGAUUGCACGUCAUACAUAUAACACGUAGUAAUCUAAUGUUUGGAUAUACAAGGUGCAGUAAUCGUAAUACUGCACAACGAUUAAUGCGAUCUAAUCGUUGAAAAUGCAAGCUAAUGGCCAUGCGAUGGCGAUAUAACGCAUAUCCUGUAGAAGCCGUUAGCGUACGAACUUGACGAUAAGUCCGCGGACUGUUCGCGAUCUUCAGCCUCGAGGAGAGACGAGGGUACCGUGUUCGCGCGCCCUCCGAACGAGACGCGGGUGACGCAGGGUGAUGGAUGCACCGGCAUUUACCAAAGUCGCGAGAGUCGCCUAGACGAUAGAAGGAUCAGGGUGUAAAAAAACAGCGACUGCGGGAGGAAGGACAAAAGAAAGAGAAACGCGAGGGAGGCGAAGGCGGAGAGGCAGAAAAAGCAGAGACGGUUGAUCCAAAGACGAGCAUGCAGGGGAAGAGGAAGAGAAAUGUAGGAAAAAGGAAGGGAAAGAGAGGUGCGCGGAAUUCAGAAGCGGAAAGAGGGAUGAAAAAAAGGGGAAAGAGAGAAAGAUAGAGACAAAGAGGAAGAGAGAGAGAAUGCGAGGAUUAGAUCUCAGGGUGAGUGGGUAGGAUUGGAUUUGGCAGAGAGGCGGCUCUCUGUUGGUGGUUGAAGGUGCAGCAGGAAGAAGGAGGAAAGGGGAGGCAAGAGACUUUGGUUGGUGUCCGAAUGGAGGUGGUGGGGUUGCGGAUGGGAAACGCACCGACGAAGGGAGAGCACCGGAGAAGGAGACGUAAGUGACAGAAUAGCUGCUGGUGUAGGUGAACUGGACAACCACCAGAACCUUUCUCUCUCGCUCUCUCUCUCGCUUUCUCUGCCAGUAUUUAAGGGAGAGUCGCGAGCGUAGCGCGCCAGUUACUACGGCCGAUUGCCUCCACGAGGUGUUCAUGACACUCUAGGAGAACCAACGUGUACAGAGUCCGAAAGAAAGGGCGCGAAAGACCGUCUUCACCCACGUGCUUCAAUUUUUACCAAAUUUUUCUCUCUUUUUAUCGUGUUCCUACGUAGAAAAUUAAUCAGUGAGAACACAGUUCCUUGGGACCGAAACUUCCAAACGCGGACAUUUAAUUUUACAUAUUUCUAGCAAAGUGCUAAGUGUUAAGGGAAACCGUGAAUCGUUGAACAUGAAUCAUAGUGCUCUUUCCGAAGAAACGAGAGGUUCACGGAAGUGCACGAUUUAUGGAAGAGUUUGAAUACGAGAAACAUUUCGGAUCUUUGCUGGACCGUGCAGAUGAGGGUGCUACGAAGGGAAAGAAGACGAAUCGUUUGGAUCCGGUACUCGAUGCUGCUGGUAUUGGGGUUGCUCCUGGUGCUGUCGGAUGCCAGAGCUCUUCAUCAACAAUCGAACGUCCUCCAGUUCUCAAACUCCUCCUUAGAAAUCAGCAGGACCUCUAAUCGUGGCAUCUCGGUCACCAGGAUCUUAAAGGACGGUGAACUCGAGCGGAUCGUUCGUUUGCCUGGAAUCUGCGCCAAGGAGACCAUUCUCAAUUGGGGAGGUACGGAGGUGGCACUGAGGCAAGUGUGGCUGCAGGAGACCAGGAAGUUGCAGCUGAUAUACGAAGCCGGUAGCUUGACCGACUGUUUGGACGAAAAAAUUGAGAACGACGACGAGUCCUGCUCGUCGAGCGCGUAUGACUACGAUGACGAUGCGUCCAUCGAGAUGUUCGACAUGGAUUCGAUUCCUCAGGGUCUCUCCUGGCUCUCCUCCGCCUCCGAGAUGCGACAUCGGUGCGCUCACGUGAGGAACAGGGCGAGAAACCAGCUCAUUGCUCAACAUCGUCACAGAAAGUUCGUGAAGCUCUUAAACGGAACCAGCAGCCACAGAAGCCAAAGAAGAGGAAAGAGCCGUUCCCGAAGGGACCUGCUGAUGAUUCCGGGGACACAAUGGUGCGGACGCGGUCAUCGGGCCACCAAAUACACGAACCUAGGAGGUUUCGGUCGAGCAGAUGCUUGCUGUCGCAGACACGAUACGGCGUGUCCUUUCUUCAUACCAGCCUUCGAGACGCGUUACGGCCUUUUCAAUUGGGGCAUCUCGAGCAUGAUGCACUGUGCCUGCGACGAACGCUUUCGAACGUGUUUGAAGAUGGCUGGUACGUCGUCGGCUAACUUUAUCGGGAAGAUCUUCUUCGAUGUUUUGAAGACGAAGUGCUUCGUACUGAAGCCGCAGAAAACGUGCACGAAAUGGUCCUGGACGGGCAAGUGCCAGCAUCACGAGUAUCGGAAACAGGCUCACGUUCGCGACAAUGUUCCUUAUUAAUGCUAAAAAAUCGUUCUAAUUUUAUUUUCCAAGAAUUUUCAUCUAUUGUGCGUAUUUAAUAUUUAGCAGAAUUAUUUAUGUUAAAGAUCCCCAUGAAAUGGGUGACGAUGGAAAUUCGUUGCGGGAGUAUGGCUGACGUCAAAGUGUUAAUUAUGUGAAGCCCUGGGAUAACAGAGAGGUAGAAUAUACUUCUUCUAGAGAUGUCAAUUCCUAUUCUCAGGGAUGUAAUAGUUUAUCGAGUGUUCGACUACUUCGGACGAAUGGUCGAAAUCAUCCUGCUCAUCUAAUCCCACAAAUGACAAUACACGAGAUAAACUCGUAAUGGAUAAGGUAGACUUUUUGUAAAUUCCGUUCGUGAAUCUGAUUUAAUUCCUGUGUUCAAUUUGCAAUGAAAUGUAUAGUUGUUCAGUUUUCUUGGAUUUCAAACGAAAUUCAGUGAAAUUCGUCAAUGAGAUAGACAGGGUAUAAUUUCUAAUAUAUAUAUAUAUAUACGCUACGUAGUCGUCAUCGUCCUAAAAGAUGCCAAAUUAUAGUGUAGAUAAAUUAUGGCGAGAUUGUACAUAUCAAGCAGUUAUAAUUUUUCAAGCAUGAGAAAGUUAGACAGCAUGAAAUGGAUAGCUUAGACGAUUCGAGGAUUAAGAACACGAGUCAAUUUUUUUUGUCUAGGUACUUAUCGCUCAUUUUUAAUCUACUGUACUAUACAAGCGAAACAUAUGCGUUAUACCGAGAUGUAUAUUUCGAAAUUCCUUGAAUCUUUAGAUCUCUAUAUCCUUGUAUUCCUAUCUUCCUAGUAUGUGGUAAAAUUCGUUUCGUGUUAAUUGUAUUUGUACACGUAUUGGGUAUGUUUGUAUUUAUGUAUGAAUGAGGUACAUUCUUAGGAUAUGUAAAAUGCCGAAUACUUAUUGUUAGAUAGAUAUCAGUAUGGCUAAAAAGUGAUAUUUCAAGAAAUUACGAAUAAAUAUAACAAACUUUUCAAAUGAGAUUCACAGGACCUCUCAACUAUUAUCAAAGCAUUAUCAUAGUUAGUUUGUAUUAUUAUAGAAUUAGGUUACAUAAUGUUUCUAUACAAGUCGAUUAACGUUGAAUAGUAUCAAUUAUAAAGUUACAUGUAUAUUGUAUAAAUGGAAAUAACGCACAGAUCUUGCAAACUAUUAAGAAACUAACUAAUAGAUUUAUCAGUGUAAAUAUGUAUAAUAGGAGCCCAGUACUAUCAUCUUUAAUAAAAUAUACAACGUAUUAUAAAAAUAAUUGCAAUAAAGUCUUAUGAAGGAACAUGAA